AUGGGAAAAUCGUUAGCGUCAUAUAUUUUAUGUAUAUAUUUGAUUAUCAAUUAUUUACUAACUGUUGCAAAAGCAAAUAUUAAUUGGAAUGGUAACAAUUGGGCCAUGGGAUGUGAUUUCUAUCGAAACGAUCUAUGCAAUGCUCGAAUUCCAUCUGAACAAUGUGGUGGUCACUGUAGUCGAACACCUGGUUGUACUCAUUUUGCAUGGAAUCGAUACAAUGGUGGUACCUGUUGGAUGAAAAGGGGUUCAGUAACAAAAAAUAAUGCUUUCAAAACAAGCGAUCCAACAAUGGUAUGUGGUGUUAUUAUCGAGAGCAAUGGAGGUGGUCAUAAUGGAGGUGGACAAGCAGGAACAACAACUCGAUAUUGGGAUUGUUGCAAACCUAGUUGUUCAUGGCCAGGUAAAGUUUCUGGAUCAAAUACUCAGGUCAGAACUUGUAGUUGGGGUGGUUAUAAUGUACUGUACAAUCCUAAUGCUGUUAGUGGAUGUGAUGGUGGUCACGCUUUUGCAUGCAACAAUCAAAUGCCAUGGGCUGUCAAUGAUCAGUUAGCAUAUGGUUUUGCUGCGGCAACAAUUCCAGGAAUGAAUGAACAAAGUCGUUGUUGUGCGUGUUAUAAAUUAGAUUUUACUAGUGGACCAGUGACUGGAAAAUCAAUGAUUGUUCAAAUUACAAAUAGUGGUUCUGAUGUUCAUGCAAAUCAAUUCGAUUUACAAAUUCCUGGAGGUGGUGUUGGAAUGUUUAAUGGAUGUAGUAGACAAUGGGGUGCAGGACCAAAUGGAUGGGGACAACGUUAUGGUGGUGUUUCAUCUCGAGAAGAAUGUUACGCACUUCCUCAAGCUAUUCGAGAUGGAUGUUUCUUUAGAUUUGAUUGGUUUAAAGGAGCAGACAAUCCAAAUAUGGUUUAUUCGAAAGUCAAAUGUCCACAAGAAUUGAUCAAUGUUAGUGGAUGUAAACGCAACGAUGAAUAA